GGCCCUCCGGCUGCCUCGCGAUGCGGAGAAAGCAACGGUCGAGGGCGCGUGCGUUGCGCAGGCCGGGCUGCCGCCGCCGGGGCGCAUGCGCCGAGGCCGGAAGAUGAAGGUGGCGGUGGCCGGCUGCUGCCAUGGCGCGCUUGACAAGAUGUACGAGACGCUCCAUUUGCUGGAGCAGCGCCACGGGCAGGCGGCGCCGGAUCUGCUCCUGUGCGCCGGGGACUUCCAGGCCGUGCGCAACGCGGCGGACCUGCGCUGCAUGGCGGUGCCGGCCAAGUACCGCUGCUUGGGGGGCUUCGCGAGGUGAGUCGCCCGCGAAGAGGCAGCAGGAUUUCGAAUUCCGCGGAGGCUCCGCCCCGGAACCCAUUUGAGGGAAGGGUGCCUCUGAGCACGCGCAGAGUGCAAGGUCCUUUGCGGGGUUUUUGACUGUUGGGGUGGUAGAGGAGUUGGUUAAGCAUUGUGCGCGCGCGUGUAAAAUAUUAUAUAAUUUGUGUUUUAUGCCUUGGUAGGCUGUUAAAGCAGCUCCCGUAGGAGGAAAGGCUACAGCAUAAAGUAGGGGAGGUUUUUCUUGGUGUGCUUUUUCACCAGGUUUUCCAUAUGCGAAUAGCAAAGUAUUAACCAAGUGUCAAGUUUUCCUGAAAGAUCAGCCCUGAGAGAGGAAAGGACGUGUUCAAGUCAGUACAUAACAGGAUGGCAGGGCCACACCACUGACCCCAAACCCAAUUUUACACAGCUUUUUCUCUCUCUGCUCCUGACAUCCACAGGUGAGUGUCUGCAAGAGAAGCGCUACAGAUCUCUGCAGGAACUGGAAUCCUGAUCAUGCAGGAUUCCACCUUCUGUAGAAGUCAACAGGUUUGUGUAGGUUUCCCCCCUGCAAGAUGUUCACACACAACGUGUGGAUGGCAGAUGGAGGAAGUUGACUGGCCUUGGGGAAAGCCCCACUGUCCUUUUCAGUCUAUUCACUCCUUUUAUCCAUAUACUGUAGUGUGUUAACUAAAUCCAGCGUCCCAAGUUGAGGUGAAAUACGUGGCUUAGUCAGUCUUAGUUGGAUUGACUGUGGACCUUAGUGGGACUUAACUUCUGACUAAACAUGCUCCGGCUUCCACUUCAUGUCCUACUGACAGGUGCAAUUAAAUAGGUUAGCUUUAUGUGUUUCAUGUUAAUUUGGUGAUUCCUAUGAGCACUUUCUGCUCAGUAGUAGCCCAUGUGCCAUCUCUACCUCCCCAGCUGCACAUCAGAAGCAAUGUAUGAUACAAUGUGCAUGCAUGUAAACCUAUAGGCCUGAUUCCUCUGAUCAGGAAACAUGAAAAUGCUGAUCCUUAAUACCAGUGACAAAGACCUUGGCUUUUGGCUGUGUUCUAGGUAUUAUUCUGGAGAGAAGAAAGCUCCUGUCCUGACCAUCUUUAUUGGGGGCAACCACGAAGCCUCCAAUCACUUGCAAGAGCUACCAUAUGGCGGAUGGGUAGCACCAAACAUCUACUACCUUGGUAUUAACAUUUUGCUUUCUGUUUUGAUAGCCUAGGAUGCACAAGCAUAGGGCUGAUGAUUUAGAUUGAAGUUCAGCUUUAUAGUGGGGGACUGCUCUUCUUUCCCUCCAAAAUUUGGCAUGUCAGUAUCUUGCAGGUGAAGUCGUAUACUCUUGUUGCUGGAAUGUUUUCAGUGUAAGCCUGUAUAGCUGUUCUGGAAAGUUUUCAGUGUAGCAACAGCAAAAUAUCUAGGUCCAAUUCUGUCUUUUUCUGACCUUGUGUGGCCAGUAUAUUGAGCAGCAGAUUGUAGCCCAAAAUACACUAUUAUCCUAUACACAUUACAGAAUGCAACCUUUUUCUUUGCUAUGCAGGAAAUACAGCACAUUCUUGGGAAUCAGUAACCACUUUAUGUACUGCUCGUGGUUUUCGUGGACAGUCUUCUACUUCUUAGCCUGAUCUACAUAUUUUUUUCCUGUUUCAGGUUACGCUGGAGUGGUAAAGUAUCGCGGGGUGAGAAUUGGUGGACUCUCUGGCAUCUUCAAAUCUCAUGAUUACAAAAAGGGUAUGUCUAGGAUGGGGUUGUGCUGCAGAUUCUUGUUUUAAAUCUGAAUUUUAUUUUCGGCUGUAGCACUUAUUGCACUAGAGUGAGUUGCGUCUGUUGCUGGUAGGUGAUUCUGAAGCCUGGUUUUGAUGCCAUGGGAAGCUGUGACUAAUGAAUCAGGAUCUGAAACCAUGGUUUGAUGUUUGUUUGUGUGAACUAACCACAGUUAGGUUAUUGAGUUUAGAUGUAGUGGGAAACUGCAGCUUAUUCAAAACUGAAAGUAGGCAUUUUUUAAUCUUCAUUCUUGCUUGAAGGAGGGGAAAAGGGAGCAUGUGGUUCCAAUGCCCACCACAGCAUAUUUUUUACUGGAGAACCCUAGUUUACUGGUACAUCUGAACAGGUCUUGAUUAUCCCUGUGAUGCGGCAGUGCUGAAGGGAAUCAAUGUGGCAAAAUGGAUCAAGGGUUUUUCUUGGAUGUAGGAAACCCAGUUUUAAAUUUUUACUUGAUUAAAAUGCUUAGCUGAGAAACUUGGAGCAAAUAACUAUUUCUUACCAUGGCCUAAUUCAAAGUGGUAUUGUGAGGCCCAAACACUACUCUGAUUCCUGUGAGGAAAGUAUAAGAUACAGAUAGAAGGAAAAAGGAUAAGAAUGUCCAUCUAGUUUUCUCUGCACCUUUCUGUUGGCUUGUUGUAGUGAUAUUCUAUCUCAUCUGCCUUGUGAUCAGCAAAGGGCCUCAUUUCAGAUCCCUGCUCACCUGGGUACUGAGUUUUCACUUCAGUAAAAUAGGAAAAAUUGUUACUUGCCUCUUGAGGAUGUCAGAGUAAGGUUGUGUGGUCUUUGUUCAAUUGACGGCGCUAAAGCCAAAUAUCCAUUGAAUGAAAUAGGAAGAAGUUAAAUUCCUUGUUACGUUUACUUAUUUAAAAUAUUUUUAGCCUGCCUUCUUUUGAAAGCAAUCUCAAGGUGGUGUGCAGUGCAUUUAAUCUUAAAGCAGUAACAUCAAUCAGUACAAUAAAAUGAGGGCAAAUAAAAUGCAUAAAUAAUACUAUCUGUUAAAAUUAUAGUACAUCUGCAUUCUGUGAUCAAGCUUCUAGAUCUCAAGUUGUAUAGGGCUUUAUAAAUUAUCAUUAGCACCUUGAAACUGGCCUUGUAGUAUAGUGAUAAGCACACUUGUGCAACUCUCAAAGAAGGUUGAAUAUAACACCCAUUCCACAAUGCUGCUGUUUCACGGGAUCGGAGCCAAUUAGGAAGUCUUCCUUUUUGUCAUUGUUUUUAUUCAGCUAAGUGUUUCUCAACUUGCUUAAGGUCACUUUGAGUAUCCACCAUACAACCAACAAACGAUAAGAAGUGUCUACCAUGUAAGAAACAUUGAAGUCUUCAAGCUCAAGCAGGUUAGUGUAAAUCCAAUUUCAUAUCAACCUGUCUGUAUGUUAAGAUCUUCUUCAUAGCCCUGCCCCUCCCCUUCAAGUACCUUCAUCGCCAUCUGAGAUAAAGUGGGUGGCACCACAGGGAUAAGGGCUGGCAUCCCAACUUCAAAACAGUCUCCCAAGAGAUUUGUGUGGCACCGUUCUUGUUAAUCUUUCUGUCACUAGGUUUUCUGCCACCAGCCUUUUAAUUUUCCAGAUCUUCGAAUAGCCUUUAAACGGGCUUACACCUUUUAAAAAAUGGGUUUUAUGUUGUUUCUAGUUAUGUUAUUUCUUCUUCAGCAGCUCUCGGCUAGGCAGAGGGAUGAGAAUUAAUGUUUAACUGUUUUUUAAUUAUUGUCCCGCCCCCUGCCCCGUGUUUAAAGCGGUUCUGAUUUUAUCUUUAAGCCACCUUAAAUUCCUCUCAGGGAAAAAAGGCAGGGGAAUAAUAAUAAUAAUAAUAAUUCUUCAUUGGUGUUGCAUUCAGCUGCAGAAACACCAGGAAGUCUCAGCAGGUCCUGCUGAACUGGCUGGCUCUUUAAAAAUAAAACAAAUAAAUAAAACGGUUAACAAAAACAAAUACAAUCUAUGUUGACAAGCAAAAUAUAAUAUUGAAAAUAUAAUCAAGAUACAAUAAAACAUUACUUAACAGAAGAAAUCAAAAAGAAAAAACCAGUACAGUAAGUCAAAACUUAGAAGAACAAUCAUCUUCAUUAGUCCUACUCAGAGCAGACCCAUUGAAACUAAUGCAGUUAAGCCCACUUAAUCAUUUCCCCUCUUCCCUAAAAAUUAAUUGACAUCCUAUGAUUCUGUGAUCCUGUGCUGUGUUUCCUUUAUUCACAACAGCAGCCGUCUUAUCUCAUUUUGUGUUGCUUUCCUUUUGGUUCAACAGCUAAAGCAGCCUAUGGAUGUAUUUAUGUCCCACGACUGGCCCAGAAGUAUAUAUCAUUAUGGAGACAAGAAAUUGCUGCUUAGGAAAAAAUCCUUCUUCCGCCAAGAAGUGGAGAGUAAUACAUUGGGAAGUCCUGCUGCUUCAGAGCUUCUGGAGCACUUGAAACCAACCUAUUGGUUCGCUGCACACCUACAUGUGAAGUUUGCUGCUUUCAUGCAGCACCAGGUAAAAGAAUUGGAGCGUUUUGCUGUGCCUCUGUUGACAUUUAUGUGUGCAGUUGUGUUCCACCCUUGUUGUUUUUAACGGACGCUGGAGCUCCAGAGAAACUUCAGUGGAGGAAACCUGAUACCUGCCAGUAGUUUCAAAAUAACAAACUGCUCUGGAUUGGGGGCCAGUUGUGCUCAGCUUGCACCUGGCACUGCUUGAGAAUUCUGAGAAAGGUUCAUUCUGUCAUAUUGAUUCUAAAUGGCGUCCCAUUGUCUCCAAACAUAGACAAAAAGCUGCUGUUUGAGCUCAGGAGUUAUUAUGCAAAAUUUGUUUAUAAUCUCUUAAGAGGGGUUCAAAUGCAUAGGGAACAUGUAAGCAAACAGCCUUCCAAAAUAUAUAAUAGAUUGCAGCGGUGGGGAAACUGCCUCUCCAGAUGUUUUUGAACUACUGCCCCUAUUAUCACUGAAUACUGGCCAUGCUGUCUGGGGCUGAUAGGGAGUCCAACAGCAUCCUCAGGUUCCUUACUUGUGCUCUAUUACAAUCUUUUUCAAAAUACCAUAAUUCAAAUAUAAGCUUAUCGGGGAUUCCAGGACAGUGGUUAGGAUCUUAACCGGAUAUUGAUAAAUUUACCUUGGUUUGUUUUGAUAAGUAGCCCUUAGUGAAUUCUGAUUGGAAUCAUAGAGCUGGACAAAACUGGAGAGCCUGCCAUGUAAUGAUAUACUUCACACUCUUCUUUGCACUGUUGAUAUUUUUAUAUAAGUGAAAAUGACUGAUAGGCAAGCUAACCUCUGGUACUUUCAGAAGGGCAGAAGACAGUUGUCUGUCUGUGAAUUUAUGUUUUGCUGGUUUAAACCCUGGCAUCUCCAACCAAAGAUUUGGGAGGCACCGGGUAAGAAAGACUUCCAUCUCAGAUAGAAGGCUGCUGCCAGUCAGAAUAGACAUUGCUGGGUUAGAUGGAACAGCGGUCUGACUCACAAAAAGGCAGCUUCAUAUGUCCAUGCAUAUAAAUCGCUUCAAACCUUGUUGUGUAGCCAAAAAUGUUGACUUUGGUACAUGUGCCAUUUUUUGUUGAUGUAUCCCCCCCCCCCCUUAAUAGGCCAAUGGCAGUGGGAAACAGCCAAAAGCAACAAAGUUUCUGGCCCUGGAUAAAUGCCUGCCCCACAGAGACUUCCUACAGGUAAAACAUGCUGAAUUUUCUGUUUGGUACCUGUUGUUAUGAGGCCUAAGGCUCAGUGGUAUUUAGAAUCUUCUGUAAAAGGGGGAGAAAUGGUCAGCCAGAUAUGACCUUCCAGGAUGCUCUGUUUGCACCUUGGAACCUUAUCCCGAAGCUGCAGCCCUCUCCACCCUCCUUGAGUGUUUUUGCAUAGCAUGGAUGUGUCGUUGAACUGUGACAAAGCCUCCAGGCGGAUGGAGAGUUGUGUGGAUAAAUGUCUGGCUUUUGUGGCUUACUGUACAAAGUUGCUUUACCUGCUUUUCCCUUGCCUUGCCCACUAGUGACAUGCGCCCUCCCCCAAGGUUGCCUGUGGGGGAAUGUGGCCCUUGGGCUGCAGAAGGUUCCCUACCCCUGUUUCCCAGCCUGGCUUCAUGGUCCUUCCAAAAACAAGGGAGAAGUGCACUCUGUAGGAAGGGCAAGGGUAGAUUUAUCUGAGGUGCUAGUGCCUUAAGUUCACAGCCAAGUCUUGCCUGCUAUGGAGGACAAAUAGGUAUUUUUAAUUUCCCAAUGUUUUCUAAGAUUGUAGAGAUUGAGCACGACCCAAGUGCAUCUGACUGCCUGGAAUAUGACCCUGAAUGGAUUGCUGUUCUUAAAGCUACUAACAAUCUUGUUAAUGUGUCUCCAAAUUCCUGGAAUAUGCCUGAAAACAAUGGACUCCAUGCAAAGUAUGUAAAGUGUUGUCUGUAUAUUUUUAUUUAUUUGCUGCUUUUUGACCCCUUAUGCCUCCUCUGCCAACAUCUCACCAAUACUACAGAGCAGUAACAAUACAGUCAGAUUAAAAACAACAACUAAGGCAACAAUCCUAACCCCACUUACUUGGGAGUAAGCCCCACUGAAUUCGUAGGACUUCUGAGUAGAUAUUGAUCGCACUGCUCCCAACUCUCCCUUGCGCUGGAUUCCUCUAGCAUGCCGGGAUAAUUGAAUCCGGCCCAUUGAAGUUAGGAGGCAUUACCAUCCCUAGAACUCCAUAUAUCAGUUAAUGCCCUGUAUGAGGAAGCACUUCCUUUUCUUUGUCCUGAAGCUGUUCAGAUGUAAGGGGCAGAGAGGUGGGUAGCCUUACUUGAACCUCCCUGUGUUUGGCCUCUUGUAGAUGGGACUACAGUGUCACAGAAGAAGACAUCAAGGCGGUUUUGGAAGAGGCGAACCACGACCUCAAGGUUCCACAUAACUUCAGUACCACAGUUCCCUGUUAUAACUCAAACAAAUCCCAGGAGCACAGAGAACCCGUUCAUCAAAUCAAUCCCCAGACGACCGAGUUUUGUGCCCGGUUUGGCCUCUUGGACAUUAAUGGCCGAAUCCAACAACUGAGAGAGAAGCACGGAGAUGAUGAGGAUGAUGAUGAAGAGGAGGAGGAGGUAGACAGUACUGGAUCAGCAGAGGAGCCCAGUGACUAUAAUACAGACGUUUCUGGCUUGUCCUCUUCUAUCAACCCUGAUGAAAUAAUACUGGAUGAAGACAGCGAUGAUGAAGAAGAGCCAGGCAGCUGCCCAGUGGACUCGUCUGCCAACCACCCUUCUGACGUCUCAACAACUUUUUCCGACAUCCGGGUCACGCCAGGUUCCAUGGCUGUGUCACCGAAUGAUACUGUGGAAAGUGAUGAACUGGAGAAAUCGAGUGAGAGAAACCAGCCAGAAGAGGUGAUCCCCAGUGAAACGGCCUUGAAGCGACUAAGUGACACAAGUGAAGAAGGAAAGGGUGGGCCAAAGAAAAUUAAAAGGAGGAACCAGGCUAUCUAUGCUUCCAAAGAUGAAGAUGAGGUGGAAUGAGACAACCCCUUUGUUGACACUAUAGGCAGGAUCUUCGAUUGCUAUACCUGUUCAACUUUUGGUGCGGGUCUUUUUUUGUGGGGGAUGGGAUUUUACAAUCCUACACAGUUUUUACACUUUAAUUGCAAUAAGCCCUUUUUAUAUUAGAGCAAAUAUUUUUAUCGGGGAACAAAUAUUGAUUUGGUAGAAAGAACUUGUAGGCAUCUGUGAUCCAACGGAGGACCUGUUGUAUCCCUUUUUGCAGAGGCUUACCAGACAAGGAGAAAAUAUUUUGCAUUUUGAUGGAGGUUCGGAAAAGGACAUAUAUAUAAUGGAGCAAGCUCAAAUUGAUUCAACUUCUUUGCUACUUAAGCUCACCCACCUGCCCAUUGACAGCAAUUAGUUCCGAAUCUUGCAUUCAUUGGACUUUGCAUCAGUGAAUGUUAUAAGUUCUAGCUUUCUCAGGUAGUCCCUCCUCCUUCCUGCCCUCCCAGUGUUGAUGGGGAAUUUGCUGCCUUCUGUAUGUUGUUGGACUCCCAGUUCUCAUCAUCGCUGAUCGUCGUCCAUACUCACUGGGGCUGAUGGGACUUAGCGUCCAACAACUUCUGGAAGGUCAUGGAUUCUCCAUUCCUGGUUUUUGCUAUGUUAACCAUAAGAACUAAUAGGCUGUCUGAUGUGCAUCAUUUCAGCUGUCAACCACAUUGAGAAUGUGAUUGAAAUAAUACUAUAUAAAAUUGGGAAAGUACAAUAAUCCUAUGGUGAGUUGAGCAUGUAAAAAGUGAAACCACAACUUGGGGUUUAUUUUAAUGCCGUGAUUUACCAGGAUGAUAUAUAGGUCUGUAAAUAAAUCCUCCUUUUGCACUACCCUAGUUUCUGGAUUUUCUGUGCACGCUGUGUGAAUAUGCAACAUAGAUUUUCUUUCAUGCAUGUAGUGAACCAUUUCAGACAGUCAGAUUCUGACUAAAUAAGCCAAUAUAUGAAAUGGGACUCAGCUAUAAAAUAACAUUUUAAGUGUGUUUUAAGUGCAUUAUACAAAUGUGACGCUAGAUGGUGCUAGUGAUCUAAUAGCAAAUUCAAUAUAUAUAUAUUUAAAUGGUAAAAAAAUUUCACAGCGUUUUUUAUAUAUGUGUAGACUCCACCUGAAUUUAUCUGUGUUUCCCCAGAGCAAUGAUUAACCUAUGAUCUCCAAUCAUAGUUUCUCAUUUUGUCCAAGCGAGCCAAGGAAACUGUUACCAGUUUUGGAACAAGCCGUACUUGUUAAGCCACAAUUUGAAGCAGAUUUAAUUUCUUGGCAUGUUCCAAAGCAGUUAACCAUAGUUUCAUCUCAAUAGAGAAAUUAUGGUUAACUAGAGAAUUGCAGCAAAGGUGAGGCGAAGAGAACCACAUAUCUGAGCAAAAGGUUCAGAUAGAAUUGUCUGAACGUGGCCACUGCCAGUUUGAGGAGUUGUAAAAUAAUUUACAUAGCUAACUAUUCUGAAAUGGAGAGUAAAUAGCAAAGAUAACGUAUUAAACCAGAAUUUUGGAGAGACAUUGAUUCCUAGUAGUUCCAACUUGCUCCAUAAGUUAGGGCAAACAUUUCAUGCAUGCCCGAAACUGGCAACUUAGUUUCCCAAGUACAGUGGGCAAUUGAAUAGCUGCCAUCUAAAUAAGACAAAUUCGAGAGGGGUCGAAAUCUUUUGUAACGAGCAACCAAAAGUUUACUGUGGCACAUUAAGGGGUUUAUUGCGGAAGGAGCUUUUUUUUGUUAGAGCCUGCUUUUCAGCAGGAGGAAGCAAUAUCCUUUUACAUCUAUAUCCAAUAGUGUUUUUAUAGAUAUACCGUACUUUUUCCGUCUAUAAGACACUCCCUUGUAUAAGACGCCCCUAUUUUGGGGGACUCAAAUUUAAUAAAAUGGGUGGAGAUGGUAUAGAGUUGUUGAGCUUAUUUUGGGGAGGAUUGCCCAGAGUUGUUUUUUGGGGGGAAUUGCCAAAAAUCGCUCACACGCAUCGCAAAAUCCGCCUCCCAUCUGUCCCAAUUGCCCACCCAACUCCUGGAGCGUCAGCCACUCAACAACACCCAUUGACGCAGCAACCAAUAACACGCACAAUAGUCGCUGACAGCCAUGGCAGGAACCAAUCAAACAUCCACCCUGUGUAUUAUCCAUGUAUAAGACGACCCCCACUUUUAAGCAUGAUUUUUAAAGAAAAAAACAUAGCCUUAUACACAGAAAAAUACGGUAUAUAUAUAAAACUGCAACCGUGUAACUGGCCACUGGUGUCCAAUCUUUUAAAUUACUACAAAUUAUUUUUGAACUGAAAGCUCGCCCCCUCUCCCCAUUUUAUAGUCUUUGCUACUACGUGUGACUAAAAAGCCAACAGAGCAAGACGUACAACAUGUGCAACUUUUUUGCAUUAGUGCAAAUGAAUAUAGAUGGUUGCACAGUGACUAUUUGUAACAGCAGUUACCUUCGGACACUGACAGGGAACAGCUGCCGUAGAAAAUCACAUAGCAAUAGCUUUACAGGCUAUAAAAGCAAACACCACCAGAGGGCACCCUCUGCAUGGUGCAAACAGCUAUUUGCUAAAUUCUGACUUCUGUUAAAUGAUGGACCUUACGCCCAAGUGUGCAAAUAAGUACAGUCAGAACGGUGGCAGCAGUGCUGUGUUUUCCAAAUUCAGAAACAUGUCGAGGAAUGUGAUGCCACUUAUUAGAUCUAUUAGUUUUUUUUAAACACAGUACUAGAAGUGAGCUGUCAUUCUAUGCAUCUUUUUGUCUAUUCAUAAUAAUAAAAGAUGCUACACGAUCAAGCUCUUGGUUGGCUGGCUCAGUUUGGCACAUUUUAGAGCAAAAGAAUAGGUGCGUUGAAAAACAAACUCCUUAUGGUAGUUUAGGAAGAUGGUACAUGAGCCAUUGAUGCACACUCAUUCCUCAAUCCACUUGGAAGAAAACCCCUUUUUGUGAUGCAGUUAACCGUAACUACUGAGGAAAUACAGUUAGAAAUGGCAAGGUAUUCUUAAAGAUGUCCCAUUGUCUUGAGACGAGGGCUCUUGGCUACCCCGCACAUUGCUCAAGUGAGAAUUGAGCCCUGAAUGUUACACCUUAUUUCCCAACCUAAAUCUUAAUGGCUUGUCUUGUAGAUAGUCUUGCAACAGUGGAUGGUGUGUGUGUGUUUUAAUAAGUCUUUUUUUAAAAAAAAUGUUUUCAUACCAUCCUUCAAUCACAUUCCAAGGGUGGUUUAGAAGAAUUAUAAGAAGGAAAAGUAAAGUAAAGGUUGCAAAAUUGUAAAAAGCACAGAACUAUCAACAGGAUUAAAACUGGAUCUAAAAAAGCUUUGGAAAUUGAAAAAAAGCCUUUGUCAUAAAUAAGGCCAGUGGUUCUCAAACUUUUUUUUCUCAGCCAUACUUUCAGAAUAAAACUUUGGUUGUGCCACACCAUAUAUAUUUAUAUAUAGAACAUGAUAAUAUGAUCAUGGGACAACCAGAAAGGAUAGAACAAUGUAGCCACAUAAGAGCAUGAAUCAUUCCCAAAAUAGAAUAAUGAUUGUCCUUGAAUCUUCCCACCACACUUGCCACCCUCUCCUGCCACACCCUUUGAGAACCAUUGAAUUAGAUAUAGCCACUUCCGAGCUUGGGAGGAGGUGGGGUUGCGGGCCCACCCCCUCCCACACCUGCGGGGGCUGGCCUUUUGCCCCCGCGAGAACGAGGGAAUCCCCGGGCGUGCCUACGACCCUGCCCACCAAUCGGCGGGCUGGGGAGGCGUGGCCUAGCCCAUUUAAGGCCAGGCACGCCCGGGGACCGCCCUCUUUGCCCCGUUCCAACUGCCCGGGGGGGGGGGGAAAUGCCAUCACCUUCCCCCAAUGGAAAAGGGUAGUCUGGUAAAGGACUCCGGGGGCGCUGCCUUGUCCGAAACCUAGGGAGGUGAGGGCCUCCGGCACGCCCCCGAGCGGUGACACCCGUGGGAUCCUAGUUGGCGUACUUCAACAGGACUCCCACGGCUUGUGGUUAACCCUUCCCGGUCUCCAUGCCGGGUAGUUGAUAGGAGCCAAUGCCUAAGGCCAAUACCUUCUAAUUCCUGUAAUCAAUAAAGUUGUGGCCUUUUACGCCCAUUAACCUU